GUCGUUGCGUGCUCGAAAAAAAACACGACCUUGUGAGUGCCAAGCCGACGACAGAGCAAGUUUUCCGUACGCCCAACUGGCCAUGUCGCUGGGCUUCGACUACAGCGACGAAGAGAUCCUCUGCAGGGGGUAUCUCACGAAACGCGGGCAUGUAGUGACGAACUGGAAAAUGCGCUACUUCGUGCUGCGUCCCCAUGCUAGCUUGUCGUACUACGAGGACGAGAGCAUGGCCAAGAAGCUGGGCCAGGUGCACUUGGCCAAAGUCGCGCCAUGGGAGUAUAACGGUUCGUUGGCCAAGAGCGUGUCCAAGCGCGAAUCCCGUGGAAGCAGCAGCGGCGCCGAGGAGUCGCGGUAUGGCUUCAUGUUCUUCACCACCAAACGGGUGGUGUACUACAUCUACACAACGUCAGCCAUCGAACAUCAAAAGUGGUUCCAUGCUGUGGCCGACUAUUACGUGCACACGUCCAACGUCGCCGAUUGCGAAGGUUACAUGACCAAGAAGACCCCCGGCACGCUCUUCUCGUUUUCACGACCCAAAUUCUACGUCCUCACUGACGCCGUUAUCACAUGUUUCGAGUCCGAAGACGCGUAUCGAAGCCACGAGGCGCCGAUUUCCGCUUGGAAUAUCCGCGCGGCAUCGCGUUGGGAAGACGGCCUUUCGUUCCAGGGCGAAGCGGGCGCGAUGCUGUUUCUGUCGGCACCAUCCGAAGCCGACCAGCAGCGGUGGAUGGCGGCCACCCAGGAGAAGGUCGGGUCGUCCCUGCAGCCCAUCGCGUGCGCGGGGUACUUGACCAAGCAAGGCCACAAGCGCAAGAGCUGGAAAAAGCGCUACUUUGUCCUACGGGGGUCACUGCUAUCGUACUACACUGAUUACGACUCGACCAACAAGCAGUGCCUUGCCGAAGUCGGCAUCGAAGACGUGCAGGUGUGGGACGGCGAGAUGCACGGGUUCAUGUUCACAACGUCGGAACAAGUGGUUUACUACGUGUACGCUGAGAGCGAGCGCGAGCGGCAGAAGUGGCUGGUGUCGCUCAAGGCGCUGCUGGACGCGCAGUCGACCCGAGCCCCCAAGCCGCUGGCCAUGGGGCCGCCGCCAGUGUCCAAGGUGUGUCCCAAGUGUCGGCACAUGGUGACUGGGAGCAAGUUCUGCGGCAACUGCGGCCACCACGUGGAUGUUCCGUACGACGACCCGCGACCCCCCAGGACGCCGCCGCGUCAGCCACCACAAUCCCAACCGCAACACAUAAAACGAAGGGACGACGACGAUGAAGAACGACAAGACCGAAACAGCCAGACGCUGCUGAUUUCCGUCAUGCAAGCCACGCACCCGGGGCGGUCGCUGGUCGAACCCCAGAACCGCCAAAUCGAGCAGCAACAGCAGGUGGCCGCGAAGCCCGACGACAUGAUGCCCGAGGACACGACGGUGGACGCGUCGGUGGACGACGAGUUGGCGGCGGCGCUGGAAAAGGCCAACUUGCCAAACGAAGCGCCGACGGGGGUGCCGUCCCCCCGUAGCAACCAGGCCACGCACAACGUGAUCGUUGUACGCCCGUCGCGGAUGGCCGACGACGAAGACUACUCCGAGUCGGAAGACGAGCAGCAUCCUAAUCAAGGAAGGAGACGGUUGACCAACGACUCGAUCGACGAGGACGAGCCCCCGAUGCUGGGCGACGACAAGGGCGGCGACGUCCGGGAGAGCUCUCUGUGCGAACUGGUCAUGGACGGAAUCGUCGUGGGGGAUGAGGGCAACGACAAACGAUCCAAGAUGGAAACGUACUUGGAGCACACGCUCGGGUUUGACGCACAGUGGGUCCCGUCGCGAGAGGCCAAGGCCAGCUGCCGCUUCUACACCUCCAAAAACUAUAACGUCGCGGCUGACGUGCUGGUGUUCCUGGGCGAUUCAGGCAAAGUCGGGAUCUGGAAGGACGAGACAGACACGAUCGACGACCCCACGAGUCCUAUGUCCAUGUUGCCGUAUGUGGAAGCGGCCCUCAAGCUCAACUUUGGAGUCGUGCUGUGCAACCCCCACCACAACACGGUGGACGUCCGGGACGGGCCUAAAAUCCGGACCUUUACCGUCCAGCAGUCGGCGUCGCCCGCCGAACACCUCCAUUUUGUCUGGACCAACUACAUUGCGGCGAACGUGCUUCCCACCACCCGCGUGGGCAUCGUCGCCGCCGGUCGCGCCGGCAAGGCGGUGAUCACCCUCAUGCAGGACGAAGAGGCCACCGUGUAUGAGAAACUGAACCGCGUGGCUUUUUUGCAGUCGACGCACGCCGUGGACAGCAGUCUCAGCAUGGUGGUGCUCGAGUGCCUCGGGCGGCGGGCGAUCAACUGGGAGGGCGCCGACGGGCAAGCUCUGUGUAGUCAAGUGGUCAACUCCCAGUCGCGCGUCGGGUGUGUGUGUAUGGCCACGGGGUUCAAGUCGGCGAACCCCCCGGACGUGGCGUCCAUGUACCCGUUCGACCUGACCGCCGACCACCUCAAGCACAUGCAAGUGCCCAUCUUCGCCUACUUGACGGCGAAUCCGGCGGCGCCAGGUAUGACCGCCAUCGUCAAGCACAUGCGAUCGACGCUGAAAAAGGGCCGCUCGUCGUCCGGACGUACCCGCGCCCCCCCCGAGGCGGCUACCCCAGAGCCCCCCCAGUCGAAACCCCCCACCAAGCCACAGCGCACUGUGUCGGAUCCGUCGAUUACGCAGUUUUACCUCCCCGGCCAGCGCGGGCACACUGGCGCGGCGGAAAUGGGAAAGAAACGGCAACAAGCCGGCACGGGCCGCAGCAACAUCAGUAUCAAGGACUUUGAACUGUUGAAAGUCGUGGGUCAAGGGGGGUUUGGCAAGGUGUUUAUGGGCAGAAAGGUGUCUGGGCCUGAUAGCGGCCAAGUGUAUGCCAUCAAAGUGCUUCAGAAGGACCAGGUAUUCCGCCAUAGAUUGAAACAACAAUCGACUUCGUCUGGGGUAGGUCGUAUCGAAUGGGUUGGUGCACACGACGAUGGCGGAGCGUCACAUUUUGAUUGAAGUGGCGCAUCCGUUUGUGGUCAAGCUGCACUAUGCGUUUCAAAGCGACUCGAAAUUGUAUCUGGUCAUGGACUACCUGAGCGCCGGAUCGUUGGCCGUGCAUUUGCGAAAGUGGCGCAAGUUUCCGGAAACAUUUGCGCGGUUUUACGCGGCUGAAGUGGCGCUGGCGAUCGCGCAUUUGCAUCAGGUCAACAUUAUUUACCGCGACGUCAAGCUCGAGAACGUGCUCAUGGACAGCGAUGGCCACGUCAGCAUUGCCGACUUUGGCUUGUCCAAGCAGGGCGUGUCAGGGCUCAAAGGCGCCAAGACAUUCUGCGGCACGGCGGCGUACAUCGCGCCCGAGUUGCUCAAGGGCCAGAACUACGGCAAGGCGGCCGACUGGUGGUCGUUUGGCAUUUUACUCUACGAAAUGAUUGGCGGCAAACCCCCGUACUACCACCGCAACCGCGAUAUUAUGUUCCAAACCAUCUUGACGCAGCAAUGGGUGACGUUUACGCCAGGGUUUUCCGACGCCGCGGUCGACCUGAUCCGAGGGCUACUGAAUCGAGACCCGAUGCAACGGCUGGGCAGCGGCCCCACGGGCGCCGACGAAGUGCUCAUGCAUCCGUUCUUCAAGGAGUUCGACUGGCAGCUCAUGCUCAAGCGACAAGUCAAGACGCCAUACGACCCCCAAGUGGGCAAGUUGGACACGGCGUACGUCCCCCGCAACGUCCGACAAGAUGGCGUCACGGCGCGGGAUCGAGAAGCCAGCAUGCUGUUUUCCCAUGACGGUGACUUUCGAGGGUUUAGUUUUAUUGGAGGGGACCCGCCGUCCGACCUUUCGUAGCGUGUCUGUCUGUCGCUUACAGGGGGAAUCACAACGUAAUCAAACGGGGUUUUGAUUUCAAUCGUUA